AUGGACAUGGCAUGCAAGCCGGCGCUGGUGACAGCGCACCUACUCAGCAUCAAGAACGACCUCAAGGUCCACAGGACAGUGGAGAGGUCGGGGCUGGACGACAAGGAGAUCGAGAUGACUCUCAUCGACAUGAACAUCCCCCUGAUUUUUGGCGUGAGCCAAUGUAUAAUGGAUCAGGACGUGGACUAUCUGGAGACCUACGCCGCGAAAGAGGAGUUCAGCGAAACGACCUUGGAGGCGUACCGGAUGGGACAGUUCAAGCAGGGGAUACCGGGGAGACAUCGAGCUGCGGCCGUUUUGCUAUACUCUGGCAAUUUUUGGUCGACGCUGUACAGCUCACGCGAUCGGUCCAUGCACCCACAAUUGACUUCCACGCAAGGGUGGGAGAAGAUUGGCAACCUUCUGGAGGACACCUGGCCGAUGGUGCUAGCCCUCAUGAAGACUGUGCCAUCUUCGAAGAACCCUAUGGGCGGCAGAGUCCUCUUCGGACUGACUGCCAGAGCGUGGGAGGAGCUGAAGGACCUUGGGCGGAUGGCCCAGGUCGGAUUCUCGGAUUCAUCGGAAGAGUCGGGCGAAACACCGUCGUGGCACAGCUUGUACGGGACAGUGUCCACACCGGCGCAUCCUUUCUAUGGAGCACGCUGCGAUGCCGAAGUGUUGAAGCAGCUCGAGUUCUGGAAGGACUCUUUCCGAGUGAAGACGACGCCGGAGGUGAGGAUGGCAGCGACAGUCGAGUUCGAGGCAAGUUUUGACGUCUCACUCUUUUUCCUCGAAAUCGCAGCUUUCAAAUCCACCGGCUUCAUUCAUUUCUGUUACAUUAGUGCUGCCUUAUUAUCGAUUGGUUCGUAUUUCAGCACAGGCAUUCCACAGCCUAGCAUGCUUUUCCAAGUCCUCAGACGCCUGAUCUGGGAUAUUGGGUCAUUUACAUCACAUGUGCUCACCCAGUGGGACAUUGCAUUUCGCCUGUCGAGACGAUCGCAGGUUGGAGAAUUGAUGGCAGUCCGUGAAGGCGGAAUUUGCCAUUACUGUCUUCCGACAGGAUUUCCAACCGCUCCGUACUGUGAGGACGAUCGCUAUGUACAGGCGCGAGUUUUUGCUCACCGGUGCACUGGAUGCACCCUCCGCCAUUUUGUCGCGGGAGAUAGGCCGAUGUACACGGUUGAGAGGUACCACCACAGACUUCUACAUCGCGCACAACACGUGGUGUGUUCUGAUCGCGAGAAGUCCAAAGGGAUGUUAGCUAACAUCAACCUCACACACUCAGCCAUAGUCGAAGAGCCGUCUCUAGACAAGCAGCACAGCUACCAGACGUACUUGGCACAUGCUGUACGGGCGGAGCUUUUGACCCUGGGGGGGGACAUUCAGUUCCUCCCCAAUCGCCAUUUUGGCACCCAGACCGGUGUUCGUGUCACCGGACCGCAAAGUGGGCCCAGUGCUGAUGCGUCAGCACCGUCUGCGACUGUUCCGACGGCAGACGAACAAAGACCAUCUGGGAGCUCCAACCCAGCUGGUGCGUCUAGGUUCAUUGAACCAGGGACCCCACUAAUCCCUUACACGACUGCUGAUGCUGGAAAGCCCAUGGAGGGAGUCCAGAUCAUCACAGAUUGGGAAAAGGUAGACCUACGCAAAGACAUGGGUCGUAAGAUGGAGGCACUCGCUGUCCUCGAGCAUGAGGCAAAAUCCUGCAUCGUUGACGACGACGUUUUGGAACAGCUGCAAGUGACAGCCAAAGCGAGGAUCGCCAUGCCAGGUGUCACAGACAAAGACAUCACGGCAAUUCAUGUCGCAUGCAACUCCCACUCGAAUGCUAUCGCCGGAAUAGGGAACCGGCAUUAUGCAGAGAAAUUUGCCGAGGUAGAAUAUGACGGUAUUGCGUUCAAGAACCAAAUAGGCAAUCCAUGGGAGUUAAUCCGCAGAGCUGUCCAUGCGGUAGUCGACAAAGUUCUCCCUGCCAUCCUCGAGAUUGAUGAAGAGACCAUUCGGAGGCAGGACACAGAACUAAUGGAGAUACCGCAAAGCGAGAUCGUCUCGGAGUUGCAUGGGAAAUCCCUAUUCCCCAUGCACAAGUCCAUUGACGAAAUCGCCCCAAGCAGCUUCACGGAGCAAAUGAAGAAAGACAAUUUCGAGGCAGCCUCUGGCACCGAAUUGACGAAGCUUCCGCCUACCAAGGCGUUUGUGAAGCCUAAUGAAGCUUUAGGGAAGAUCAAGCCUAGACUGAUCCAACACACAGGCCCACAAGGCACUGCUGCCGCGGCCUUGAUGAAUAAGACAGUCGAGCAGAUGAUCUUCCGGUUACCUUACUUUGUCCAGCGCAGCAUCAAGGGCACCGACAACACUGGUGUCUGCGAGCGUGUCCGACUCUUUUACAACGAGUAUAAAUCGGGCGGCUUUGCAUCGACGGAUUUCGGGAGUUUCGACUCUUCGAUCACUGACAAGUGCACCGUCGACAGAAGCAAGCCAGGACUUAGAAGGAUAAUCGAGGAAGCUAUCAUGAAGGCUAUUACAAACAAAUUUCCAGAGGCUUUCGACUUCAAGAAUGUUUCGAAAACAAGGUGGAAAAAGAAGGACAAGAUUUUGUUCGACACCUUAACACUGUUCACAGAGGUCCUCAUUAGGUACUCUGGAGACGGGUUGACAUCUGUUGGCAAUUACGCCAUCAACUGGUUCGUCGACCGUUCCAUUGACUUUGUGCUUGAGAGGAUUUUCACUAUGUGGGAUAUGCGUGUCUACACCUUGAAAGAGAUCAUUCAAUUCCUGACAAACAUGAUAGAUGACCCUGAGUUCAUCAACCAAGUCCUUGAAGGAGUCAAAAAGAAAGCGACACGCCUCGCGGAGACCAUCAUACGCGUUUCGAAAGGUCUUCAUGUCACGAAGGAAGAUUCAGAGUUCCUGAACGGGGAGGGGGACGACAGACUCAAAGGAUUUCGUUGGGCCUUCAUCCAGAAAUUUGAGACGAAGGACAAGAAAGGAAAAGACGCCCGACAGGUCCUUGGAGUGAUGACGGCAGUUAUGUACACUGCCGCUGGCAUGAGUUUGGAACCCCAGGACCGCACAGGCCGGGUUAGUGCUGAGAAACUUAUUGACAAGUCACAGCGCAUCGAAUUCAUCAGCCGGAUAUUCGUCCCACUCAAUGACGGAAAAGCGAUGAGGAGUUUUCCAAAGCUCCGAAAAACAUUCGCGGCCGCCACCAUCACCUUCAACGUAAACGACCCAUUCUUAACCGCAGCAGCGACGAAAAUGCUCUCCAUCAUGAUGAUGUGUGAGCAAUGCCCGUUGCAGUUCCCAUUCUACUCGCUGAUUUACCGGUACUACAGAUGCAGAAUCACCGACGAGACGGUUAUAACCGGUAAACGCAAGUAUGAGUGGUGGGAGCUCAAGCUGAUGCACCUCAUCACCGACAAUGGGUUGCAGAACAGCAUGUCAGCAAUCUACGCCCACCUCAUGAACCGGGCUUACGGGUAUGUAUCCCCGGAAAUUGCUGAUGGAAUGCUUGAUGCAGUCGCAGCUGAGACGCGAUUGGCCAAGAGUGACUUGGUCUGCCUGAUAGACGCUCUAAAUGGAGCAAAAGGGGACGAUCUAGGAUCCGUCCAAGACCUGGUGCAGAGGUACGUGGCAAUUUUGCCACCGGUCUGA